ACCAUUUCAGGGGAAGGAUCGAGCCAAUAUAUAGUAUACUUUUUUUCUCUUGAAGGGAAAACUCAGAAAAAAAUUCUCGAAGAUUCCAAUUCGGCUUUCAGCAGCAAUCCCUUUUUCGCAAGUGGCUUUGCCCACACUUAUCAAAAUGAAUGCAUUUGUCUUCAUGACAUUGACAUCAUUAUUAGUUGUCACCUUAUUCAUCAACGACUCUGUCGACUCACUCAACACAACUGCUGCUGAGUCUGAUGGUGUCAUUGCUGGACAGCAUCAGAGACCACUAGUUAAAGCUGCCUUUGGAAGGAUUCUUACUGCGGAUGACAAAGACUCCUCGUUUAUGGUUGGAAUGACGGCAAUGUUUCAGGAUGGUACCGACGGAGUAGCCGACCCUGGUUGCCUCAUAUCAGAAAGGUGAGAUAUGGGAUUUUUUUUACCAGCAUGCA